AUGCCAUUAUUUAGCUGACCUCAACUAAAACGAUUAAACCGUUCGCUGGCCGCAUUGAAGUAAGAGCGUUGCUCUUUCAAAAUCCAUAAAAGAGAAAUUUAUUGUUGUCUGUUGGUGUUAACCGCUCAGUUGCGAUGGAUGUUGAGUUGGGAAACAAACCCGGCGACAGCCAUGAUGGUGGAAAGGAUCUAAAUGGUACGAAGCUGAAGAUAUCCGUCGUUGAGAGGAUUGUUACACCGCCGCCGAAAGAAAAGGAAGCUAUGGGCGCUGCUGACGACACUGCUCUCGAAAGCGACGACAAGAGGUAAAAAAUAUGAUCGUACCUUGAUACUUAUUGUACAUAUCAAGAUCUUAAUUUUAUUUCGUAAAUGCACCAACAACAAUAAAGGCGACUCAGUUUUUCAUUUGAUUUGAUUGAAAUAAAAAAGAAAAAAACCUUUCCUGGCAUGGCUAUUUGACAAAAGGCCUUUUGCUCCCUCAUCGCUCUGUAUAUGGGAAAAUGAAGGUGAAUACUGAAGGGAGAAUCGAAUGAACAAGAUGGAUUUCGGCUUGAAGUAAUAGUGGCAAGAAGUGUUGACAGACAGGCCACGUCUCCACCCUACGAAUACUAAUACUAGUACUUUGGCACUUGCAGUUCUGCUCUUGUGAUUUGGAAAUAUCUCAGGCAGUUUCCUCUUCCUUAGACCGUAAGGCUUAUAAAUUUCUCCACAUGAAGGCUAACUUUCACUGAAAAGCCACAGUUUCAUUAAUAUUUCCUUUAAAUUCAAUAUUGAUGGGUGAUAUUGCGUGACAAGAGGUUCUUCAAUUCGAAAUGUCACCUCUGAGAAUAAUUUAUAUUCACUUCGCAUGUUCAUUGUACGCCGAUUACGCUGAUUUGGAGCAAGAUUAAUGGUGGUGAAGAUCCAAAGUUUUGCUUUCCCAUCUAAAGUAAACGAUCCUCCGCAAAUACGUAACCAUGCAUAUGUUUAUUAUUUACGGAGUUGUAUUGCUAUACUCUGUAAAGGGUGGUAUUCUUAACCUAAAAAUCUGAACAAGUUUUGAAUUAACAAACUUACCUCGCUUCUGAGUUUGCUCCUCCGCUUCCUUUGCGUUUCUUAAAGCAAUCUGCGGUCGUUAAGCUCGUCCUUGGUGCCUUUGUUUGUUCUCCAGUAAAUCCUUCGAAUAAAGACAGAAUCGAUUAAAUAUUAGGCAAAGACGAGCCAAACGGCUGUAAAUCAGUCAAGAAAACACACGAGUUGCAAACGAACAAACACAAAGACAGAAGGGUUGUAAAUUUGUUUUGACUCAAAACAAGUUUAGAAUUUCCAAGUUACAGAUGCGAUCGUUCAUUCCCAUACUAAUUCUCAUAUUUCGCCUCUUAACUUAGAAUAAACAUAGUUACGUAUUUACAAUCUAGUAAUGUGCGAGCCUUGUCGACGUGUGGUCUCAUUGGUUAGAUCUUUCUCUCUGGUGGUGUUAAAGUAGUUUUCUCUCUUAAGGCUAAGUUGUGAUAGCUCCAAAGUUCGUUUUUUUUUCCAUACGAGGAAAGCGAUGAGUAGAGCGAUGAGAGUCGAGGACUUGGUAGGAGCAUUCACCUCUCAAAACUGCCAAGCGAUGUUUAGUCUCAAUCAUGGUUUUGCCAAACGUCUGUUAUGCUUCUAGCAGCCCUCAUUCUGGUUUAGUCCGCCACGCGAGGUAUGAGACUGAAAUACUGGGAGCCUGAGUUUCUCCCGCGCACUUUACUCAGUGCUAAUGCUCGGCCUCCCAAUUUUUUAGCUCCUCUGAUUUCUCUUUGACCUGCGUGGUGGGGUGGAAAGGAGAGACUGCUCAUAGUCUAAUAACUUCAUUAUCCACUUUUAUUGUCCGGUAAAUAUAUUCACCUUAUAUGCUAAAAACGAUGCCGCAACAUUAAAAAACCAUAAAGUUGCUUGAGAUUAGACCUGCUCACUCUAUAAAUCUUGAUAUCAGCUCUCUCGAUUCUUUAUUCGUACUUUCCCAAGACUAAACUCUGAGAAUUCAUUUUUAAAAAAUAAAAUGAUUUAUUUAUUGCUCACUUUUGGGAGGGGAAAGCUUAUACAUGUACUAACCAAGCAAUUCUUUUGCAAAAUAUACUGAUUAUAGAUUGUUCCAACGAGGAAUAGUGCUGGUCUCGUUACCUAAGGGUGUUAAGGGUGUUCUUGAAACGCUUAUUAUCUCUUAAGCAAGUGUAGCGUGACUUUUCGUCGCUGUAUUUAAACGGAAAGGUGACGUGAAUUAAUAAUCCAGUGUAUGUAGGAUUUUAUUUCAGCAGAUUAAUCAUUAUCCAUCUUUCAUUACUUUCGACUCGUGCCUAGUUAAAAAGUCAUAAGCAGUACCUUCAAAAUGCAUAAAAAAUCAUGAAUAAUUGUUAGAUGUAAAACUCUAACACUUGUUGUCUUGUUGUCUCUUUCUUUAUUCUCUCUUACUGCACAAGUUAUUACAACGGGGACUAGCUCUGAUCUCUGGAGGAAAGUGUGGGUCACCGUUUACAAAGGUGACACUUACUGAGCUGUCAAUCUCUAACCUUCGUCAUGUUUUUACACUUAAAUAGCGAAUCACGUUGGGCUACGGAAAACGGUGUUCGCAGAGUAGAUACCUUCGCGAUACCUUCGCGAUGUUUACGCUUUACGAAAUGUCUCUCUGGCUUAAAUUUCUUGGUCUUACAGUCAAGUUUGGGCAAAACGAAAACAAGAUUGACAAUAUAAAAAUUAUAAUAAACUUAGUAACAGAAUUAAAAUCAUACUUGAAAAGGUAUCCUAAAAUAAAAUUGUCCUUGAAGGCUGUUGCAUAACAGCAGAAUAAACACAAAAUUCGCCACUAAAAGAGCUACGUGCUAGUCGUAUAAGUUAUCUAAUUAUAAAUUCAGUGCGGAAGAUGAAAAGUACUGCAUGUUUACACCUUAAGUCACCUCUAAGAAAUAAAAAUUGACAACUAUUCUCCUAAUCGGGAAUUCGAUAUGGAUUCAGCCUAAAAGCGAGAGUAAAUGGAUAAAAGUAUGAAGGAGAAUUAUUUCCAGGAAAUUCCUGUACGGGAUCAAUUUUUAUAGGGUAGAGUCAUUUUCUUAGUCAUUAAUUAUUUUUUCAGCAACAUAAUGAAAAUAUACCGGUAUCUAGCCGCAAACCGCAGUUUACGCAAAAAUGUCUCCAUGUCAAUUUCACGAUCACAAUAAAGAAAAGGUGGCCAAACUCUGUCUGUAAGGUAAGACUGCUAAAAGGAAUAAGAAAUGAUCGACUGGCUUAUUACUAUGUUUACUGAAUGGCUUAUGGAAAUAUGUUAUUUCCAUUCAUUUUCCAACACCAAUAUAGGGAACCCUUACAAUGUUUUAAGGUUAGAUAUAUUUCUAUUUUUAUCGUUUAACAUGAUUUAUGCUUCCUCCUACAGCUUUGAAUUGUGUUUACCUGUAAAUACGCAUUUGCAUGUGUACCUUUUUAAUAGAAGAGCCAAAAAUUGAAAUUAUAUUGAUUAUAUGAUUGUAUUUUAUGCAGCAGUGAUGAAAAGAAAGAAAAGGAAACCAAAAAAGAAGAGAGCCAACCAACAGUACCAUUAGGCCAACUGGUAAGUUGUGAAACUCCAUAUCGGUAACAAGAGAUGUUAGUCAUUCCUAUUUAGCUAGAAUCAAACCAAAACAAUCAUAGUAUAGGAAAACGUGAAGAUGUAAACGACGACUCCUGCGCACAUAAUCAGCGGUAAUUCACUGAAACAGUGGUUGAGAGGAAGAACUGAAGAGCUUAGCAUAAACUAGCAGCUUUUAGCAUCAAUUUCCACAACAAUGAUGGGCUUCUUCAGAGGUUUUUCAAGAGGCGAUAAUUGAGGGACUAAUCAGUGAUAUAUAUAAACAAGUCUUCGAUUACUGUUCGGCGCAUUUCUUUGAAUGAUUCUCCAAAAUAAUGGUGAUUUUUCCCUUUUUUUUUUGCAGUUUCGUUUCAGCGAUAAGUUAGAUGUCCUGCUCAUGAUACUUGGAACUUUAUCUGCUAUGGGCCUUGGUGCCACCUUUCCACUCCAGUUUAUCAUCUUUGGGGAUCUUAUCAACACCUUCAUCGAUUAUACUAAAUAUCAAUCACCAAAUAAUACGCAGCCAUUUGAUCUCGAUAAAGAGAUGACGAAGUUUGCGUUGUACUAUGUUUACAUCUCUGUUGGAACUUUGAUUGUGGCUUAUGGUCACAUGGGAUUGUGGUCACUUACUGCCACACGCCAAGUGAAUAAAAUGCGCUUGGCCUUCUUUAAAUCUGUUUUGAGACAAGACAUUGGUUGGUUUGAUACAACUGAUUCAGGAGAACUAAACACUCGUCUCAAUGAGUGAGUAUUUAAUUGUUAAUCAGAGACAACUUCUUCAUUCAGUGUUCAAGGUUUUUAAGGCGUGAUCUUUUUUGUCUAUCAUCUGAGACCGUGGUACACAUUGCGCAAUACUGAUUCGAGGAUGGGUACAUUUUUAAGAAAGCGAGUGGCAAGCCCUUUUUCAAAAUUAGAGAACUCCUUAUUCCUUUGAAUGAGAAAUGUGGGAUUUAUAGCCAGGAAUCAUGAUUUAGAUUUUUGCAUGCUGACUUGGUUGGUUAUCAGAAUGGAUGCAUUCAAAGUGGGAAGCUCGUCGUUAGCGUAUUCACAAUUUGGAAUUAACAAACAAUAUAAUUCAGCAAAUGCAUCGUUAUAAAGUUUGAAGCUCCGAUACUUGAUUGAAUUCUUUAUUUCCUCUUCGUUGUGCUUAUUGUUGUUUUAUUUGUGGUUUUAUUUUUGCGUUCCUCAGAGCAAUGCUAUCGUAUUCUUCACUUCCCUCCCUCCAAGGUAUUAUUAAUAUUUAAACGCUGAGACAUUGUGUUUACUGAAACUGAUUAGAUGUCCUUAUUACUGCCCGUAGAGAUCUGAACAAAGUGGAUGAUGGUAUUGGUCAUAAGAUUGGCUUGUUCAUUCAAGCCAUAACGACCGUGAUUAUAGGGUUUGUGAUGGGAUUUGCGUAUGGUUGGAAGCUUACCCUCGUUAUCAUCGCUGUGAGUCCGCUGCUUGUCAUUGCUGGCGCCUUGAUAGGAAAGGUAAUCAAUCAUCUAGACGUGCGGUUUGCCAUUUUCCUCACAGCAGAGCUCGUAUAGUUAUACGGCGCGUAUCGUCGUGUUAGUGAUACAAUCACCAGCCGGAAACAUUUUUAAAAACAAAUAGUUAGUCUAUGGGAAGGGAGUACUUCCUAUACAUGGGUGAAAUACAAGAGGAUUUAACGUCUAAGUAUUUUCCUUUUCCUCAAGGAAACUCUAUCAUACCGAAGCGUGAAUCGGGUAAAAAGAGAGAAGCCGUGAGUUGUGUCCAAUCUCGGUAAAUGGCUUCCUCCUUGGCUUGAAGUAGGCUGCAAAAGAAUUAUGAAGAGUUUGAUUGCAACCAACAACUUUUGUGUUCUUUAAUGUUAGACAUUAAUACUAUCUUAUCCCAGCAGCUUGAAAUGCAUAUGAAUGAAUCCCAAACGUUGAAAUACCACCUUAAAGUGUCUGUUAACCUAGGAUCAUCAAUGAUCAACAUCGGAUCUGUUUGUCUUAUUUUCUCAUCGAUGAAAUGUCUCUGUUAUGAUUACUAAAAAAAUUUGUAUUGAAGCUGCCUUGAGCAACCUUUAUAAUGUUGCAGGUAAUGACUGCCAUGACAACCAAAGGUCUUAAUUCCUACGCUAAAGCUGGUAGCGUAGCAGAAGAAGUGCUUUCAUCAAUCAGAACUGUGGUUGCAUUCGGAGGAGAAAAGAAAGAAAUUGAGAGGUAAACCAAGAAUGUGUAUAAGAUUUCACCACCCACUAUACCUCAAUAACGUAUUACUCUGGGGAUAGGGGUGUUAGAAGCGUGCCUGGGAUUUCUCAUGGGGGGUGGCACGGUAACGAAUUUCAGCGCCUUUUACCUGGAGUUACUUAUAUCGCCGCUCUUUCAUGUGUAUCAACGGGCUCGAAUUAACGCAGUGAGAAAUGUGUCACAUAGCUGAUCACGUGAAGUCAGUUGUUUAGCAGCCCCCAAGCAGGCCACAUUUUCUGAUUGAAACGAUCUCAUCCCUGACUAAUCAAAGUUAAAACUGGUUAUAAUCGAAUAACAUUUUUUCAAUGAAAAUCUGUACAAAAAGAUUUAAGAUUUAACUCGCGGUGCUUCUUCUGAGUUACAUGAAGAUCUCUUUUUUGUAUCGUAACUGUUACUGUUCGUGAUCUUCUACUUUAUUUUUGUGUUAAACUUUCCAGGUAUUCAUCCCUCUUGAAAGAAGCUCGUGACUUUGGAAUCAAAAAAGGUUUAAUGACUGGACUAGGCAUUGGAUUUUUUCAACUUGUUAUUUACGGAAGUUAUGCCUUAGCCUUUUGGUAUGUAUGGGGCAUUUUCUACCUUUUUUAUAUAUACAUGUUUUCCUACGUAUGUCUACCCACUUUUUCGCGUACCUAUUAUCUAAAGUAUGAACGUAUUUAUCUGUCAACCCUCCAUUAAUUCAGGUACUCAUCUCACCGUCAUUCCUACCUGGCAAUAAACUUGUAGCCCUCCAAACAGCCAACCGUAUUUCAUCAGCUAACGCUUCUUGUACUAAACUUUCUUGUUUGUGCCUAUAUUCACAGGUAUGGCUCAACGUUAAUAAUUGAUGAGAAAAUGACGGGAGGACAAAUGCUUAUUGUAAGAAAAUAUCGCAUUACUUGUUAUUUUUUCAAGGAAAUUGUUCAGCUUUGCAAUUUGUUUUAAUUGCAUUCUUCAGGUGUUUUUUUCAGUCAUGUUUGGGGCCAUGCAGUUAGGUCAGGCUGGGCCACACAUGGAAGCCAUAGCUGCAGCUAGGGGAGCAGCAUACAAAGUGUUUUUUAUCAUUGACAGGGUAAGUAGCAAAUUGUUUUUUGUUAUUUUAAACAAACUCAGUUUAACUACGGCUGAUUACGGCUAAUUUUGAGCUGGCACGGAAAUCAGCUGUAUUUUGAUAGGAAUCAUUUGUCAGUUAUUGUACUUAGGCGACUGAAAACUUGAGAGUGCCAUGUUAAGUGCAUAGCGAUUGAGGAGAUGUUUAAAUUAUUUACGCCCAGGUGAACAGCCAUUUUGUCAUAAAUUGUCUGCGACGUUUAAUGCUAAACGGAGCCAUGGAAAUAUUUUUUUUCUUGGGAAGGGUAUUAAGAGAAUAAGUUGGUGUCUACCUAUUAAAGAAACUUCCUUAUAAAAAAAAUGAGUUCACGUAAUAAUUUGUAUAACUUUCCCAUCCAAAUGGAUAAUUAUCAGUCUAAUACGCUUACAUCUAUUCUUGAAGAUCUAAAGUGGGUGUUAUUUAGGCGUCUCAACAUAAAGUUAAUUCAUUUCACUUUUUUUCUUUCUCCUAAUGUGAGAUUCCACCAAUUGAUUCCAGUUCUACUGAUGGAUUGCAAAUUGAUCAAAGUUCCUUAAAGGGAAGGGUAGAGUUAAAAAGCAUUGAAUUCUGGUAUCCUUCAAGACCCGACGUAAAGGUAUGUUUCAGUUGUAAAGAUGUUAAAUGAAAAAGGAGCAGGAGAAAUUUGUCCUCUCUCUAGUAGUUUAUGUGAUAGUUAUGAUUGUUUAAUAUUCUGCUCUAGAAACAUAUGUGCGAAGUAUUUUACACCAAACAUCAACAUUAUUGAAAUACGAAGACUUAAUGUCUUUCAAAGGAAAAAGAAAAUCUUGGCCAUUUUUUUUUCAGAUUUUAAAAAGUUUGACUCUGGUUGUCGAAAGCGGACAGACUGUGGCAUUGGUAGGUGAGAGUGGCUGUGGAAAGAGUACAGUAGUUAAGCUUUUACAGAGGUUCUAUGACGCAAGUAAUGGUGAGGUAAGUUUAAACUUGAUACUGAUAGAGUAUACAGUAAACAAAAUCAAAUUUCGUCAAGAAAGGGUCCCAUGCGUUUUUUUUUUUUUUUAAUUAAGCGAAUUUUAGAUGAAAUGUUUCUCUGAACAAACAUCUCACUCAACGAAUUAAGUUAAGAUCCUGAUGGGAAUCAGAUCCCAGUGACUGCUUGCUCGACGUAUUUACUCUUCUGUCUUUUAAGGUUUCUGUUGAUGGUCAUGACGUUCGUUCUCUAAACUUAAAAUGGUUGCGUGAGCAAAUUGGUGUUGUGAGUCAAGAGCCAGUUCUUUUUGCCACCACAAUAGCUGAGAACAUCAGGUAUGGUAAAGAUGGCGUGACACAGGAUGACAUUGAAAGGGCAACAAAGAUGGCGAAUGCCCACGACUUUAUCAAAGGUCUUCCUCAAGUAAGUAGAGACGUAAUUAACUGAUGAAAUGGCCUUUUCGAAAUCUCAUACUAAUAGAAGGAAAAAAGUCCUGAGCCAUUUUCUUCCAGCUUAAAGGCCUAGUGAAAUCGAGAAAUGCGCGUUAAACUUUUUGGAAAAUAAUUUAAUUAUUGCACUGUUUGUCAGGGCUAUGAUACUCUUGUUGGUGAACGAGGAACUCAACUCAGCGGAGGACAGAAGCAGCGUAUUGCCAUUGCACGAGCUCUGGUAAAAGAUCCAAGGAUUUUGUUGUUAGAUGAAGCAACAUCAGCACUGGACAGUGAAAGUGAAUCAAUCGUACAAGCUGCUUUGGAUAAAGUAAGUAACCAGAAAAUAAACGAAACAUCAUUCACUUGUAAGGGUUUUCCACCACGUAGUCAAGACAUUUUGUAUAAGAUAAUAAUAAUAAUAAUAAAAAAAAGAAGUGCAACGUCUUGAUUGUGAACAAGAUAAUUAGGGGAAGAUGCGAAUCCAUGCUCCAGAAUAUAUCAAUUGUAAUAUUAUGUAGAUACUUAGGAGUUAUCUUGAUGUGAUGUUGCCAGUGAAAGCAACAUAGUUUCGAGAGGCGUGAAAAAGUCUAGUUUCGUAAAAGCAACUCCGAAACGAUUUUUGUUUCUUUCUUUCUGGGGAUAUAUACUCUCUCUCUCAUCUCAGUUCCGCCCUGAUUGUCUUGUCCAUUUCUGUCUUUCAUUUUCCUUUGUGACUAUUUGUACGUAGUGUUUCUUUAAAUGUACAUAAUUCUGUGUGACUAUCGUUACAUCUUUCAGGCGCGUCAGGGUCGAACAACCAUUGUGAUUGCUCAUCGUUUGUCAACAGUUCAGAAUGCAGAUGUUAUAGCUGCUAUACAGGAUGGUGUGGUGGUUGAGAGGGGAAGUCAUGAUGAACUCAUGCAGACUGAUGGAGUUUAUCGUCAGCUGGUCACAUCGCAGGUGUGCAGGAUGAACGAGAGUGAUGUAAUAUAUUGCGACGUUCUAGUUGUUCUGCGUGGCAGGAUGUAACCCACGAACAAAAAUUUGUUUGCCAAAACUAUGGCGACCAAUCCUGGAGCACAACCACAGAAUCGCUAGAAUUACAUUUCCAUGUGAAUGGAGUCAAUUUUAUGAAAAACAAACAAAAGUUAUUAGAACUUUCUGAAUAAGCCCAUUUUCUCAAUGAGCAACGGUAUGAGUUGUUGGAAGAGUACGAGCUUUCAUAACAGCGACUCGAUUCAAUUCAUUACCACAGUGUCUUUGGUUAUUUUUUUAUUCAGUUUUUUAUUCACUUUCGCGGUAGACAUACAAAAAGGAGGAAAAAGGAGAUAAUUCUGGUAAUGACGAUGAAAGUGACAACGAGGAGAUAGAGAAUAACGAUGUGAAAGGUUAGUAACUUGAUGUGAUUUAUUUAAGGCCUUGUCACCACUGCUUAAGUAGUAUUCAUCACUGCGAAAAUCGCUUUUAUAUUUAUGGUGUGAUUUUGUUUGUUCCAUUAUUGUUCACCGUGAAAAUGAGAGAGUAAUCUUGUAAAAAAAUAACUGAGCGAGGUUUACUUGUGAGUAACUGUACUAAACCAUAAGUUUUCUUUAUCAAUCCUAAUCUCUUCUCUUUGUCCGGGGUAGAGCUUUGUUAACAAUAAAUAGAUGAUGCAACAAUAUCUCUCUGCAUCCACGUUUCACUCAGAUCCUUAGUUUAGUUGUUCGAGAUAUCGAUUAUUCACUAUUGCUCAGAUAUUUCCUUUUGAAUUUCAGUAUCGACACCAACAGUGAAAUUUACUCGAAGCACUUCCCACAUGUCAACUGACAGUAGACAUGAAGAGAAGAGAACUUCGGCUUUAGACAUUGCAACAUCAAACAGGACUAAGGUAGACAACAUAUACAUACUAGACAAUCAUAAUAGGAAUGGCUCUUUUCGAUUAGGAUUGCUUAUGACUUGCUGGGAAACUUAAGAUCACAAGUUUGCGUUUCAGGUUUAGGUUGGUCUUAUUUAUCGAUGUUCCGUCAAAAACUAUUAUUUUCUUAUCGACCUGACGUCAAUGAGGGAGUUUUGCCGCCAUAGAGAAGUUUCAAAAGUUGAAGGGAAAAGAAGUGCUGCACUUUGUCAGAGCAAUAAGCAGAGCGCGGGAAAUCACAUCAAUUGCUCAGCUAAAAAAAAUUCGUUGUCGGCAUUGUCGGUUAUACCUGUUGUAGCUUAUCCAGGCAGUUUAAUGACUAGUUUAUGGCGUAUACUCAUUCGAGAUUUGAAUUUCCUGCUGCAAUUGCAUUUAUUCUCCUACUCACCUUACAGUUUUUUUUUAUACGUUGAUAACAAGGGUAAAGAUGAUGAGGAGAAGAUUUUAGAGGAAGAAGUUGAACCAGCUCCUGUUCGUCGCAUCAUGAAGUUGAACACGAAAGAAUGGCCUUACCUUCUACCAGGGAGCGUCGCUGCCAUUAUAAACGGACUAUUUCCGUUUGCAUUUGCUCUGCUUUUGUCAGAAAUUCUUUCCGUAAGUGAAUCCAUUUUUUUUUUGUUGCAAUCAAAUCUAAAUUCCAUCGCCAAGCUUAGCUUUCUCUCCGUGUAAGCGUGCGUCACCCUUCUUAACAGUUUAUGAAAGCCUCUUAUUUUUAGUUACUUGUACACAGUGAUUCUUGGAAAGGUUUUAUAACUCUAUUAAGCUAUAAGUGAGUUCCAGGUUCAAGCUAGAGUCAGUGUCGUCAGACUGUGUGAAGAUCGAAUUGAUGAAACACUAGGCCUCAAUCAGCGUGCUGGGCCACAUUGUAUGGAAAUACUCUAAUGGUUUUUCUCCUGCCAUAUUCGUGUCAUGCUCAAUUUGAACUACUUGUCUCGUGUAUUUGUUCUAACAACAGACAUGUGCAAACAGUGGAGAAGAAAUUAUGAACACACAACGGCUUUAUUACUUUUUUUUUAGAUCUUAUCGCAUGAACGCGGUGUUGUGAUAUACCUUUCCAGCAAGCCAUAGAUGUAUACACCAUCAUGUUUCUGGGUUAUUAAUUCUCUUUCAUUUCAGGUUUUUUCUUUGCGGGACAAAGAGGAAAUGGAAAAGAAAGCGGAAUUCUGGUCCUUGAUGUUCUUUGCUGUUGGUGUGACGAGCUUUUUCUCAAACUUAAUCAGUGUAAAGAGGAGUUCCUUUUCUUUAAGCCUUAUUCAGCCAUUAUUCUCCACGUCUUUUUCUGAGUGUGAUGUUAGUGAAAACACUAAUACAGUGAGCUGAAUAAUCUGACAAAUUUCUCUCUUUAGAGCGCGAUGUUUUCCAAGUCUGGAGAACUUAUGACUUUACGAUUGAGAAAGAUGGCUUUUGAAGCGAUUCUUAAACAGGUCAGUAAACCGAACUAAUAAAGGCCAGGUAGAUCUUGACUAUACUUGAAAUAUUUUCUUUCCCUCCUCUUUUUCUCGGUCUACCGGCUCCUUCCUCGUUUAUGCUCCUUACUUUCUCCUUAAAGGGUUCUCUUCUCUAAAGCGUGCGCGUACUCAAGAGUACCGAAAAUUUGUCGGGUACAAGAGCUAUUAUCAGUUUCAAGCUCACCUGCCUUGUUAUUAUUCAACAGGAAAUAUCGUACUUUGAUGAUCCGCUGCACAGUACUGGGGCAUUGACCACAGCAUUGGGGACACAUGCCUCGGCUGUUCAAGGGGUAAUUCUGUAACAUUUAUGAAUUCCUUUCAUUGGUGAACAAGAACAACUUGGCAUUGCAGGUAACAUGAAUACGGACAUCAGAGUAGAUCACAAAGUAUGCUUUUCUGCCUGUCUUUUUGUGCUUUUUUAGGCUGCUGGCAGUCGCCUCGCCAUUGUUGUGACAUCUCUAAGCACUGCUGUUGCCUGCACCGUGUACGCUUUUUAUAAUGGCUGGAAGUUGACCCUGGUAGUCCUUUCAUUUAUUCCUUUUCUCAUAAUUGCAAAUGCAAUUCAUAUGAAAGUAAUUUAUGCAAGUGGAAAAGGUUCUAAAGAUGGCGAAGAUGAAAAACUUCAGUCCGGCAAGGUGAGGCCUUAUUCAUGAUAAGAAAAUUUUUGCAUUAGAAAUUGAACCAUAUCUGUUAUGAUCAUGUCAUUGUUUAUUGCUAAGUAAUUAAUUCACCGCUACACUGGCUCUGAUCUACAGUGAUUAUUAAUCUUACCAUCAAAAUAAAAUACAGUUUUAUCGUUAAGAGAUCAUGGCGUAUGUGUGAGGAACUAAAUAUAAAUCAUUUUGGUCAGUCAAUAAACUUUUGUCAUGGCUUUUAUACACUUUACGCCACAGAUUGCAGUUGAAACAAUACAGAAUAUUCGUACUGUGACAUCUCUCGGUAGAGAAAGCACUUUUUACAGCGAUUAUGUCAAGGCUUUGAUGAUUCCAUACAAGUAAGUGACAGAGAUGAUUUGUUGCAUCGAACCCCACACUAGUUGUUAGAUACAAGGCCACGAGUCAGCCUCUUCUAAGGUCCUUCCGUGGUGCUGCCUGUCACAGCUGAUUAGGGAAAUUAUCGUUGAUGAAUGAGUUGCCAGUAAUCGGUUCUAUGUGUUUGCGCAAAGAUCUCUGGGAUCGCCAUGAGGCAAACAUUGCAACUCGCCAGAAAGAAAUGUGAGGCGAAAGGUUGUUUCGACGUCAAAAAAAACGAUUUUGGCUAGAGAUCAUCGUAUUUUGCCGCCGUUUCAUCAGAAAUGGGUAUGGGUGGCAUUGAUACAAGGGAAGCGCAAGGUUUUGUUCGAACAACCGUGAAAUAUAUAGUGAAAUCUAGCGAAUGACUUUCCUCCAGGCACAAGGGUUUAGUGAAAUUGACAUUGCGUAAUGAUCUCGAACUUUAGAAAUAUUAGUUUUAAAUCAGCAAGAAUAACUCAAUAAAGCCUUUUCAGUUUUAUUUACUUCUGUCUACAUCUAGCUUUUUUCCUGGUUUGGUAAAAAAAAAAAAACAAAUAAUAAAUAAACGCCACAACAGCUAGCAGGAGUUUGAAAUUGAGUGCUUGAGCAUUAAAUAUUAUCGUGAUAUAUUAGUGAUUUAACACCUACAGUGCCUCUUUGUUGUGAUCAAUGAGAACGAACCAGCGUUGACAAUCGGCUCAAAACUGAACCCUUUCUUAUGCGACGAUGAGUAUGAACAAAUGGGUCGCUUAAAGAGCGAUGCACAACCGAUUAUGUAUACGUCCAUAUUUUCUGCCGGAGUUCCCGUGAUCUUGCUUCUCCUGACAAGGUCCUUCAAGGAGUUCGAGGAGGCAAGUGGCAGCUCAAAUACCCUCGGAUUUUUCUGGACAAAUUAUGUCGAAAAUUCCUUUUGUUUUGUAUUGCUUAUUUCAGCCUUCCGAAGAGCGAAAGCUCGGUAAAAACAAUUUCCAUCUCCGCUGACGACGACUUCUCUCCUUUGAGGUGCAUUUUCAGACAUCGCAAUAUGUUUAUUUAACAAGCUAACAAGUAUAAAAACAGGCUUUACAUACAAAAAUACAACUAAAAAGACUUAAGUGAGUUAUAUCCGUGCGAUUUAAGGCUAAUUUUGUGACAUGUCGAGACCAUUACAGGAUAACGAUUUCACAAUUAUAUCGUAGACCUUACGCAAGGAGAGAAGUUAAUCGGUAUAUUUUGUGACAUAUUUAGUGGUAAUGCUAACAAAACCUUCCUCUUCCCUCCUAUCUAAAGUCUCUUAAUCCAUUUCUGAUAAAACUACGGCGAAAAAUUGUUUAUCUCUCUCCAAAAUCUUUUUGUGGACGUGAAACAACCUUUCGCCAUAUGUUUCCUAUUAACAACUUGGAAUGUUUGCCCCGUGGCGAUCCCAGAAAUCUUUACACAAACACAAGGAUCCGAUUACAGGCAACUCAUUCACUGAGAGGCUCGUAGCAGACUGUAAAGAAUGUAAUAUCGCGCACCUUUCAAUGCCAACCACUGCUGUUUUAAGGGUAUUGUUAUUAUUGUGGAGGUUCAAAGCGGCCUUCUCAGUGCUCCUACACCCUAUACACGAAACCUUACACUUACAUUACACCAAGCUCUUCUGGUUUCUAACAAUGAAGGACGUUAUCAUAACGGUCUUAGGCUUCUCUACCACCUCUGAGCCUGAACCACAAUAGAAGGUCAUUCUUUGGCUCCGUAGUCUUUGCAGUUUGUAAGGGUCACCCAGCCAUGAGCUCAAUACACCAGUUGACCCCAAUAGCUCUGGGUGUCACAGAGAUUGACUAUACACGAGCUUUCCCAUCCUGCUGAGAUGACAUUCAUAGAAGCGAUUUAUCUUCUGUUUAAUUUUAUUUCCUUGAUAGAAAGGCCUUGAGACGAGCUCACCUUCAAGGAAUAUCAUUCGGCUUGGGAGAAGCGUUCAAGUUCUGUGCCACCGGGGCAGCAUUUAAAUAUGGGGGAUAUCUUGUGUCAAACGGAGAAAUGGCCAUGGAUGAAGUAUUGAAGUAAGAUAUUCGUUAUUUGUUGUCCUAGGGCGUAACUAACUAUUUCAAAUGAAAAGUUUCCGUUUGAAAAUUAAAUUUAGAUAAACCCAUAAGAAUAACCUGACAGACGGACGACUGGUUACCAUUCUUUUUUCCUCUUUUCAGAGUCAUAAUGUCCAUCGUGAUUGGCGGUGCAACCUUGGGCCAUAUCAGCGCUUUGUCUCCAGACUAUGAGAAGGCAAAGAUGGCUGCUGCUCGUCUCUUUAAAAUCUUUGACCGUAAAUCUCUUAUCGACAGUUCGUCUCAAGUUGGUUUAACUCCGGUAAGAAAUUUCUCAGCCAACUUCAUGACCACUGAUGGGCCUUUUUUACUGAUUGUCGUCCCGCAUGUUGUGUGGUCCUGUGUUACAUUAAUAUCAAUGCCGUUUCUUGUUCUUUUCACGUAGAGUUCUGUGUCGGGAACAAUCCAGUUACGCAGCGUACGUUUCCGUUAUCCAACUCGACCAGACGUCAAAGUACUACGCGGAUUAACGCUGUCAGUUCAGAAAGGACAGAAACUUGCCCUUGUUGGCUCGAGUGGCUGCGGAAAGAGUACAGUUGUUUCCCUCCUGGAGAGAUUUUACGAUGCUCAGGACGGAGAAGUGGUAAGUUAGCUGCUGUUCGAAGACCAGUCUUAAAGAUUAUUUCAUGUUUUUGGUCGCAGUUCUGUUAUUACCCUGACCUCAAGUAUGAUUGUACUGACUCCCGGAGAGCAUUUUGGUUUGUCUGCAAUGCAUCCAAAUCAGAAUCAAUCACAAGUUAGAAAACUGUCACUGAUUCAUUGAAGCAAGUGAGUGAAGGAAGAAAAAGCAAAGAUAGCGGUGUUGUUGAAGGCCUAAAUGUAAUAACUGUCUUAAAUGUAAUUAAAUCUUAAAUAUAUCAACAUUUGGUCCUAAACGUAAUAAGCUUCCAAUGCAAUCGUUUAACUCCACAUUGAGAUGUUAAAGUGACAGCUGUUGCACCGGAAAUUCCUCUGACCUGUAUUCAUGUCACAUCGCGGGCUCGCUGAUAUCAAUCAGUUUCUUUUCAUUUGCCAUACUUAAGAAUAGAAGCAUUUACUGCAAACCGUUAUACUGAUGAACAAUUGGCAUCAAAUGAAAGCUGGCAAAACAAUGAGCGCAGACUCAUAACAACAAUAGCUUUUGGAAAAUUGUGAUAACGUUAUACUCUUGUGAUCAGUGAUGGAGUUUACGAGUCAUAAACCAAAUUACGAACUAGGACAAGGAAGUCCGCUGACUUGUAGUUCGGACAAUUUGCAGGCUAGGGUAAUAUAUAUUUUUUUCUUUCCUUACCUGAAUAGACAUUGUUAGCAUGCACAGUUUGUUUCCCAAUUCGGACCUCGUAACAGCACUCUAGAGAGUUAUUUCUUUCAAAUUCACGAAUAUCUUCGUGAUUAUAAAAAUAUGGACAGAAUAAUUUUUCUCCCCAAGAGAACGUAAAUAGGACAAUUAUGUUCUCUUGAUCUUGAAAUGCAUGCAACAAAUUCGACAAACGAAUAAGGUAUUGCACGGUUCUGCAUCAAAUUAUACACUCAAUGACUUACAUUUCAUGAGUGUAAAUUGAAAGAAGCUGCUGACCAGCACAUCAUUACAAAUCACCGGUUCAGAUUGCCAAUCACAAAGAGACGUUUAACAAAAAAUCUGGAGCAUGUCAUCAACAAGUGAACUCAUCGACGAUUGCAUGCACGAGCCCAUCUAGGAGACUGACUUAAGGUCGUCGACCUACGUCUCUAGCAAAUGAAAAGACGCUGAUUAAUAUCAGCGAGCCUGCAAUAUGCCACGAAUGUUGGUCAGAUUCUUUGGUGCAACAGCUGUCACUUAAACAUCUCAAUGCAGAUUCCCGCUAUAACAACAAUGCACUAGCGCAGUUUAACGAUUGCAUUAGAGGCUUAUUACAUUUAGUUCGUCAUAAGUGGUGUUAAAAUUGAGAAUUCACUGAUCCGGCAAAGAGGCAGUAAUUAAUCGCAAAAUAAUCUUGCAUGAACUGUAGUGGACGAAAAUACUACCUGAAAUUGUGAUUGAAAGUCUUGGUAAGUUUAGUGAGUCAAUAAAGACAAACGGAUGGCUACUGUUUUACUACUAAUUUGAAGGCUACAAUUCUUUCCUUUUGUUCCUCAGGCUAUCGACGGUAACGAUGUCCGCACUCUGAACAUUCAGUGGCUGCGCUCCCAUAUUGGUAUCGUGUCACAGGAGCCCAUUUUGUUUGGCUUCAGCAUCGCUGAUAAUAUUGCUUAUGGUGACAACUCCCGUCAAGUCAGCCAGGAUGAAAUAGAAGCAGCGGCUAAAUCAGCAAAUAUACACAGCUUCAUUAAUUCUCUCCCCAAUGUAAGAAACAUUUAAGGCUUUCUUAUCUAGAUUUUCACAAUCAUAGACCCAGAACCUUUUUAAAGUCAUAUGAUCGCCGGACAUUUUACUGAAAUGGUUUAUUACUCCCAAUGAGCAUAUUACAACUUGAGCAAGUGUUGCAGUUGUUAAAAAGCCGAUUCUCAUAAGUCCUUCCCCACAUAAUCUCCAGACUUCAGGACAAGACGAGGCAAGUUUCGAUUUCGGCAUUUUUUUAAAUCUAGAGGCUCAGAAGUGCUCUUUAAGCAUUUUCCGUGGCAUUUUUCUUCAGAAAAGUCAAUCUUGGGAAUUGCCUCGUCUUGCCUCAUGCUAGCUACGGCCCUGAUCUCAGCAUAGCUGUGUUUUUCCGCAUGUAGGGUUAUAACACUCUGGUAGGAGACAAGGGGACUCUCAUCUCAGGAGGGCAGAAACAGAGGAUAGCUAUUGCCAGGGCACUAGUUCGUAAUCCGCAAAUUCUGCUUCUUGACGAGGCUACCUCUGCGUUGGACACGGAGAGUGAAAAGGUCAGUCAACCGAAUAUAUUGUGUUUCUUAACGUGGAUAUUUACAGCGUUGAGGUAUAGUGUUACAAACAAAAUUUAGUUUAAACGACUGUGAAUAUAUGAAAGUCAUAUAUUUGUACUGCGGAUAAAGACGCGAAUAUGAAAACGAUCUUCGCAGUAAUGAACGCGACUUGAGCAGUGGUGAAAAUCAGGGCUGUACGGGAUUUGAACCCAUGACCUCUGCGAUACCGGUGCAGCGCUCUACUAACUGAGCUAACAAGCCAACUGGGAACUGGUCAUUGUGUUGGUUCCAAAUAAACCCGUGAAGUGGUGAAUAAAUGACUGUGAAUAUAUGAAAGUCAUAUUUGAAUUGCGGAUAAAGACGUGACUAUGAAAGAGAUCUUCGCAGUAAUGAACACUACCUGAGCAGUUAGUGAAAAUAAGGCCUGUUAGCUCAGUUGGUAGAGCUAAUAGGUAGAUUAUAGCUUGACCGAAACGAUCAUAGUUAACCGAAACAGACAUAAUGCCUAGGUACGUUACACAAAACAAAAGGGAAUUGAUAGUCACGCUAUCACAAUUCGAAAAAGCCUUCGUAACAAGUAGUUUUUGGUAUUUUAAAGUUUAAAGUCGUCGUACAAUACUUACAAUACUAUUCGCAAUCCAUCACUUUAGCACCAUAAAAGAACACCGACAAAUUGUGAAAUGUGUGGGAUACUAUGUCAAUCUGUAAUGAGCUUUUUACGAAAAACUUAAAGAACUUACUCGAUAAUACCUAAACCCAUGCAUUUAUUGCUUUAAAUUGUACAAUAAGUUAUUAUUACCACUAUUUUACAACAUUUACUUUAAUACAUUUCUACUAUGAAUUACAAUAACAUUAAGGGUAUAGCGAACACGAAGUGGCGAAGAAGACAAAAGAGUAAGGACACAUUCAUUGUUACAAUGAUGCAGCACUUUGGAUAAUUUGUAGUCAAUUGCUGAAAGGUUUUUCCUAUGAAAUGUACCUUUUUGCUCUAUUUGGUAUGUUACCUUCCUCAAAAAACAAAGGUGGAUGGUAACUUUUCCAAAAAUUUACAUUGAUAACAGCUAAUGAUAUAAGAUGAUUAAUGAAGCUUUAACUUCAAAUAUCUUUAAGGGGGCGACUCCAGUAUUAUAAAGUUAAUGAUAAUUUAUUGGUGAAAUGAAUUAUCAUACAUAAUUAUUCAUAUCAUCAUUCAGAAUUCGUAGUACUGGUAAUAUUGCAAGUGUUUUUUUUGGUACUCUGUAGGUUGUGCAACAAGCUCUGGAUGCUGCAAGUGAAGGUCGCACAGCUAUCAUCAUUGCACAUCGACUGUCCACAGUGCAGAACGCAGACAUUAUUGCAGUGAUUCAUCACGGGCGCGUGGUAGAGCGAGGCACUCAUCAAGAGCUGUUGAACCUUGAAGGAGUUUACCACAGUCUUGUUACGGCGCAAAUGCAGAACAAAUAAUUAACUCAGCGUUUCUCUAAAAGCUAAAAAGAGGGCAGAUAUAGUUCCUGACAAUACCAAGAGAAAACGAAAUUAUAUCAAAUGAUUAGCCAUUGUAAAACUAAUUCGGGCCAACAAAUCUAUGUAUUUAAGUUUGCGAGUCAAACUUCGAGGUUCAUACCAGUAAAAAACUAUAAGCUGGGAUCUUUUUUUAUACUCUUAUGAAAAUAAUUAUACCGCAUUACAUAUUUUUAUUCGUCUACGACCAGCAAGCGUUUCAGCACUUUACCUGUCGCUGGAAACCAGUACUAAAUUCCUGUUUAAACAUUGUACACAGUAAUCAUUAAAGCUGAGAGGAAGUUCACAAUAACAUAAUGACUUGCG